AUGUAUCAUAUACAAACUUUCCCUCCCUAUCAUCCAACGACUUAUUUUUUAAAGAACAAAAGAAACGGCGAUCUACAACAUAAAGCACCAAAUGCGUUUAUGAUCUUUCGAGCAUGCAUCUCAGUACAAGUGAAAAUACUACAACUUGGUGAUGCUGUUAAAAUUUCAAGAAUUUCGUGCGAAUUAUGGAACUCACUGCCGGAAUAUCAAAAAAAAGCUUACAAAAAAAUUUCGUCAGAUUUAAAAGCGAUUUAUUCGGCUAAUGGUCAGUCUGAAAACAUCCGCGAAGAGGAAAAUAAUCGAGGCGACUCCAACCAAAAUCCUAUUUAUGAUUUUCUCGUGGAUAAAGAUCAUGAACCCAACCAAAAUCAUAAUCGUUGUUUUGCGGAGGAAUAUCAUCAAAACGAAUCCGACCAAAAUCCUAAUAAUCACUUUCAAAAUGUUUUCAUGAAGGAAUGUUAUCAACCCAAUAAUCAGGUUAAAGAUUUUGUUCCGGAGGAAUGUCCUAAUAAUCACUCUGAAAAUGUUUUCAUGAAGGAAUAUUACCAAUCCAAUAAUCCUUUUGAUCAGUUUGCUGGCUUUUUCACGAAGGAAUGUUAUCAACCCAAUAAUCAGAUUGAAGGCGAUUUCGAUAAUGAAUAUUAUGGUCUGAACAAAGAUUGA